CCCCACGCAUGCUCGCGGCCGCCACCGCGCCGGAGCGGAGCGGAGCGGAGCGGGACGGGACCGGGCGGCAGCCGCCGCCGCUGCAGGGUCUCCAGGCCACGUCCCCGCAGCCCCGGGAGCCGCAGCAGCACCUGAAUCCCGCGCCUGGCUCGACCACGCCGGGGGAAGGCUGGCUUUUGCGGAUUAGCAUGGGAGAAGCCUUCCCCGGGCAUGGGCAGCGCUAAGGAGCCCGAGGGCUUUCAGCUGCUGAGCCGCGAGGCCGAGGACGCCUGCGAGCCCGGCGCCCCGGGCUGCCCGUCGGUGGGUGAGCGCCUGCCCAGCUCCGGCUGCGCCGCGGGUGGCCGUGCCAUGAGGAACUGCUGCGGGGCUGAGCCCGAGGCCCCGAGCCCGGCGGAGAAGGUGCCGGUGCCAACAGGACCAGUUCCUGGCACACUUGGGAGCGCGGCGACGGCGGGGAGCUGCGGGGCACCCGUCGGCACCGCCCUUGCCUGCGGUCCCGCGGGCCCCAGCACCCCAAAGGAGAAAGCCGCCUCCGUGCCCCCCCUGCCCGAGCCCUGCCUCAAGGCGCCCAGCAGGGACGCGGGGAGCGCGCCGGCUCCGGCCAAGCACGUGGCGUUCCUGGAGCCGGCCACGGGAGCACCGGGGACCGGCAGCCCCCUGAUGCCAAGCCAGGAGCAGCCCCAGGGCGGCACAGACACGUCCCCGGGUGCUGCCCCCCAAGCGGGGGGUGCUGAGGCUCCCAAGCCCCCCCAGGGAGGCACGGCCGCUCCCCCCGGCGGGGGUCAGGGCAGAGCCGAGGGGAGCGCGGACGCCGAGAGCAGCCAGCAGCCCCGGACAGCCAAGCUGCUGUGCGAGUCCUACUCGUUCGAGGUGACCCCGCCGCAGGAUGCCGGGACGCAGGACAUGGGGACGCAAGUGGACAGCCGAGCGUCCCUGGUGUCAGUGGCCCUGAGCCCCAUGAGCCCCCCGGACGGGGCUGCCGCCUUCACCUUCCCCAAGAGAGAGCCGGGCUCCGCCGGCGCCUCGCACCCGGGGGCAGCGCCCUCCAAGAAGGACGCGGAGAUGCAGGUGUCCAUGCCCGUGGAGACCCGCUCGGUGGCCACCGGGCCCAUGACGCCAGUGGCCAAGUCCCCGCAGGCCUCGUACCCCGAGGUACACGUGAAGGGGGCGGUGGAGGAGGCUCCGGAGCCCAUCCGGGAGGUGAGCUGGGACGAGAAGGGGAUGACGUGGGAGGUGUACGGGGCCUCCAUGGAGGUGGAGGUGCUGGGCAUGGCCAUCCAGAAGCACCUGGAGAAGCAGAUCGAGGAGCACGGGCGGCAGGUGGUGAUGACCCCGCAGAGCACCCGCGCCAGCUCCGUCAAGGGAGCCCCCCGCAAAAGCGAGGCAAAGAGGCAGCCCAGCGUCUUUCGGGCUCUGCUGCAAAACGUCCGGCGGCCCCGGUGCUGCUCCCGCGCCGGCCCUGCCAUGGAGUGAGCCGGUGCCCGCUCCAGCAGGACGGGGGGGACUCGGGGAGGGGACCCUGCCCCGCUGUCCCGAGACGCCUGCUGCCGGUGUGCAGGGCUCCCGGGGCGGGUGGCGACGGAGCGCUGCAGGCGGGGACGAGGCAUCUCCUUCGCCGGGGAUCCCCCCGCCAGCAGUGGCCGAGGACAUGAUGCUGGUGGCACCUCUCGGACCUGGCAGGGGCUCACAGCGGGACACGGGCAGGUCACUGCUGGCUCCCCCCAGCUCCAGCCCCGCACCGCGGGCAGCAGCGUCGCUGCCUGUGCUGGAGAUGCUGCUGCAUCACAGUGCCACCCGCCCCUGGCUGUGCCCACCCCAAAAAAUGGAUUUGCUGGAGGGAUCGUGGGGCCAGCCACAACUAGGACAUGGAGCCCGUGUGCUCAGGGCCACGGGCUGCUUGUCCCCGUCACUGUGGCUGGAGGCGCUCGGGGAGGCUGUCCCCAUGGCCCCCCGCCCUCCUUGGCUGUGUCAGAGCACGGGGCACAUCCUUGUCCCCGUCACAGCUGGCGGUGGGGACGGUGCCCACCCUGAUGCCGUGUCCGUCCUGCCUGCCCAGCCCCGCUGCCACGAGCAGGACCCCGGUGGGUGCCCGCGAUGCCCCGGGCAUGUGUCCCUGUGCGGGUUCCCGGGCCCACUUGCUGCUCUCCCGGCCAGCAGCCAGGGCCACGCUGGCUGCAAAGCGCUGCCACUUUUUACCACUGGGUUUUUGCAGGGGUGGUGGGGAUAGGGGGCUUUUACUGAACUGUGUUUGCAUUUUUGGAGCUUUUUAAGAGACAUUUUCAGCUGCGAGCCACCUCCUCCCCAGCGGCCUGCGGGGCCGUGGCUCUUUUGAAACACUUUUCCUACGUCCCUGCCGUGCUGGGAAGCUUUGGGAGCAGAGGGUCGGCGCACCGGGGGGCGAGCAUCCCCCUGCCAGCAGCACCGCGGCGUCCCUGCUGCGCCGUGGGACCCGGCACCUCAUCCUCCCUCCAGCCCGGCCCCAGCAGAGGACUGGUCCCACAGGGCCCCAGGAGCUGGGCGAGCACCAGAGCUGCGGGAGGCUGCAGCGGGGGCUGCUUGGGAGCCCCGUGCCCGUGCAGCAUCCCCGCCUGUCCCCUGCCCUCCAGCCCUGCGCUGCAGCACACCGGUACUGCGGCUUGGUCCCCGACUUUCUUCUUUUUCCUCUUCAUUUCUUUUUUUGUUGGGGGGUGGGGGGAGGAAGGGGAGGGCGGACUAAACUUGUCAGUUUGGGUGUUGGGUAAUAAAACCUUGCAGAAAGCUGUG